GCGUCUGCCAGAAAGGGGUCUUGGAGAUUACUUUGGUGAAGCAAGGGCACCAGGGCACCUGCAGCAGCUCCUUAUGCACCUUACUGCAUGCUCUGCCACUAUUAGUAGCACUAGCAGCAAUGCACUACAGUACGUCAACUCUGCCGCAAUCUUAGAUGCAGGUACACGCAGCUACCGGGCUGCACCUUGCCCUGACACAAGCAUUAUUCGACGGAGCAUUCGACGGAGCAUUUGGAACCGAAAAGGCCGUCUUCGCUGCUGAACGGUCGCCUUCUCUGCUGAACGGUAAUUUGAGUAAUCAAGCGUGCGUUGCGGUGGCAACAGGGGCAGCGAACCCAGGUAAUUGAGGGGGGCUUUCUCUCGACCAACAGUGGGGCAGAAGCCUACUUUAGUCUCCUGUUCCCGAAAGGAUCACACAGAGGAGAAAUAGUGUGGAGCACC